AUGUUGUUACACAUCUCAUGUUUUAGAAACUGUGGAGAGUGUAUAUUGUUACACAUCUCAUCCUCUGUCUUUAGAAACUGUGGAGAGUCUAUGUUGUUACACAUCUCAUCCUCUGUCUUUAGAAACUGUGGAGAGUGUACGUUGUUACACAUCUCAUCCUCUGUCUUUAGAAACUGUGGAGAGUCUAUGUUGUUACACAUCUCAUCCUCUGUCUUUAGAAACUGUGGAGAGUGUAUAUUGUUACACAUCUCAUCCUCUGUCUUUAGAAACUGUGGAGAGUGUAUAUUGUUACACAUCUCAUCCUCUGUCUUUAGAAACUGUGGAGAGUGUAUAUUGUUACACAUCUCAUCCUCUGUCUUUAGAAACUGUGGAGAGUGUACGUUGUUACACAUCUCAUCCUCUGUCUUUAGAAACUGUGGAGAGUGUAUGCCUUGUUACACAUCUCAUCCUCUGUCUUUGACAAGGAUGUGCCCUCCGGUAAAAAUUCAGUAA